CAGGUUGAUGGAGAGAAGGAUAGGAGAGAGGUAGACGUGGUGGAGAUGUAGCAAACAACGGAAACAACAAUUUUAACGCUCUCUGUUUUCUUUUAUCGUGCAUUUGACUUUUCUCUACCUAGUUAACUUUUCUUUUCUUAUUUCACGGCGGUUUCUCCGCUUUACGGUCCGAAUUGUGUAUCCUUGGCAACGCGAACAACUGUCCUGCGAAGUUUGGAUCAAGUGUUGGAGCUUCAGUCAGAGAAAAACAGGACAUUUACCCGCUAAACUAACGGAACCGACCCCGGCGUGCAUGUGAGCGCUUGUGGAACUAUUCCGAUACGUUUCUACCCAUAUUUAACCUGCUGUUUUAUUUUAAACCCGGUGUUUAGGGAAACGGGACAGCGCGAGACAAUAGUGGUGUAGUGAGCUCGUGCAGGGGGGGGGGGCUUUGUUCUGCCCCGUGUGGAGACCCACCGCGAGCCCGCUGCGGAUAUCGAUUGAUUGACCGGUGGAUUUAUGAUUGCUUGCUUAUUGAUACGCGGACUCGGACGCCGUUGGAGCAAACAUGGAUGUGACUCUGUCCGAGUUGCUGGCCACUUUCAUGGAGUCUCCGCUGGUGUUGUGGGUGCGGACGCUGGGUCCACUGGGUUCAAGCGAUGAUGUGGGCUCCGAGGAGCGGGUCAACAUGUUCAUGGAGCUGGUGGACGGCGUUUUCCUGCACAAGAUCAUGACACACAUUGACCCCAGCCCAACCAAUCAGAGGUUGAACAAGAAUGUGAACAAUGACGUGUCGCUUCGCCUUCACAACCUUACCGUUCUCACCAGACACAUCAGGACGUACUACCAGGAGACCUUACAGCAGUUAGUAGUCAUGCCCCUUCCUAACAUCCUCUGCAUCGCCAAGGAUCCCAUAUCAGCUAAGAGCAUGGAGGAUAUGAAAAGACUUUUGUUGCUGAUACUAGGCUGUGCUGUCCAGUGUGAGCGUAAAGAGGAGAUGAUAGAGAAGAUCAAGCUGCUGGACAUAGAGACCCAAGCUGCCAUCGUCUCUCACAUACAGGAGGUGACUCAUAACCAGCUGAAUGUUCUUGACCUGUCCUGGCUGGAGGAAGGAUCAGAGCUCACACAUGACGAACUGGAACCUUUGUCCCGCAACAUGGCUGCGUCGCUACGGCAACUGAUUGACCAGAGAGACAAAGCCAGUGAGGUUAUUGUGGAUCUGACCCAGGAGAGGGACUACCUGUUCAGUCAGCAGCCCCAGGAAGGGUGCAGGAACCUGGGAUUGAGCAGCCCAGAACGUGGGAAGAGUUCUGGAGGUGUGGGAGUGAAUAACGGCGGAUCAUCUGUGAUUGUGCCUGGGCUGACCAAAGAGGAGAAGCAGCAUCUAUCUGUGGAGCUCGCUGAUACCAAGGCCAAGCUGCGCAGAUACAGACAAGAACUGGAGGAGAAGACGGAGCAGCUGAUGGAUUCAAAACAUGAAGUGGAGCGUCUGGAUCAGGAGUUACAGAGACUGAAACAAGAGAACCAGUCGCUGUCUUGCGAGGCUCGUUCGGUCAGAGUGUACCGGGACGAGGUCGACUCUCUGAGGGAAAGAGCGGCCCGGGUCGACCGACUGGAGACUGAACUGAGCAGAUGUAAAGAGAAACUCAAUGAUGUUCACUUCUACAAGACCAGAGUGGAGGAGCUUCGCGAUGACAACUUAACUCUGAUGGAGACAAAGGUGCUGUUGGAGGAGCAGCUGUCAGCUGCCAGGGGGCGCUGUGAUAAACUGCACACGUUGGAGAAAGACAACCUGUUGCUGCGAGCUAAAAUCCACGACCUGGAAAUGGAGAGGGACAAUGAGCGUCGAAGGUUGGAGGAGCUGGUGGAGGAGAACAUGAUGCUGGAGAUUGGACAGAAACAGAGUAUGAACGAGUCAGCUCACCUAGGCUGGGAGUUGGAACAGCUGACCAAGAACCAUGACAACACUAACACAGAGACUCGUAAGUCGCUGGUCCACGAGCUGAACGAGUGCGUUUCCAGCCGGGCAUUGAAGCUGGAGAAGGAGAACCGGGAGCUUCAGGCUUCUAUAGAGAGACUGAAAGAAGAGAACCACCUCCUGCAGGAGCAGCAGCUUCACACACAGGAGCUGGACAGGGAGAACCAAAGCCUCAGCAAGAAGUUGGAGCGUCUCCAGGGUUUAUUGGAUCAGGAGAGACUGACCAAUCAGGACAUGGAGUCUCUGGGAGAAGAAAUACUGAAAGAAAAACAGAGUCUGGAGAAAGAAAUGCACACUCUGAGUGCAGAGAAAGACAGACAGAUCUCAGAGUUGGAGAGCGAGAAGCAGCACCUCUCUGAGGCGGUGGUGUCCCUUCAGGAGCGCGCUCAGUCUAACAAUGUGGCGAGGGUCCGUGAGGUGGAAACAGAAAACCGCCUGCUGCACCAGAACAUCACGGACACCAGCUCCCGAUUGGCCAGCUUAGAAACCCAACUCAAACUAGCCAGUGAGGAGGCAGAGAGGCUGAGGGAGAGGGCAGGGCGGUGUGAAGAGGUGGAGAGAGAGGCGGCAAGGCUAGAGAGGAGCAGGGACGCUCUGAACAGAGAGGUGAGCUCUCUGCGUGCAUGCAGUGAGCGGUCAGAGGCUCUAGAGAAGCAGGUGUCCUCCCUGGAGCAGGAGAUGCACAGACUGAAACGGGAGGCAGAGGAGGCCCAGCAGCGAGUGGGGAGGCACGAGGGGGAGAACAGCUUGCUGUCGAAGGAGAACCUAGAUCUGCGCUGCUCCAUGGAAAACCUGCGCUCCUCAACCGCCCGCCUGGCCACCCUACAGGAGGAGCAUAAAGACGCACAGAGAGAGAUACAGGAGCUGCAGAGGAGGCUGGAGGAGGCCAGAGAGGAGGCACAAGGAGAGAGGAAGAGGGUAGAGAGGCUUGAGCUGAAUGUGACUGCUCUGAACCAGGAGAAGCAUCGCUUGGAGGAGGAAGUGCAGAGGAGCAAAGAGGAAAGGGAAGAGGUAGAGCGAGAGAGUCGGGAUACGCAGACCAGAGAGGAAGAACUGAGAAGGGAAGUCGAAGAACUGAAGCAGGAGCGGAGAAGGAGGGAGGAAACUGACAAGGAGAGGAGGAAGCUCCAGUUGGACCUAGAGCAGUCGGAGAAGGGCAGGAAGCAAUUGGAGAAGGAGAGCUGGAGGAUCAGAACGCUGCUGGAGGGUAAAGAGACAGAGCUGGAGGAGAAAGCCAGGCAGCUAGCUGCAGUGGAGAAAGAGGGCACAGCUCAGAGUAAGCAAGUGGAUAGGCUGAAGGAGGUGGUAGUUAAAGCUAAGGAGCUGGAGAGGGAGAACAAGGAGCUGCAGAAACAGGCGACUAUUGAUAAGAGGACUCUGGCUACUCUGAGAGAGGAGCUGGUGUCAGAGAAGCUGAGUGUUCAGCAGCAGAGUGUCGAGUUAGAGAGGCUCAAUGAAGAACUGGAGAAGAUUGGACUGAACAAAGAAAAACUACUGCAGCAAGAGCACACACUGGAGGACAGUAGGUACAGGCUGCUGGAAUCUCGUCUGGAGGAAACUGUCCAACAAACAAUGAAGAUUAAAGAAGAGAAAAUUUCUUCUCUGGAAAAGAAAGUGGAAGAGAGCAACGCACUCAGCGCUACACUACGCACCGAACUAGCUACUGCUCGUCAGACAGUGUCUACUCUACGUCAGCAACAGGAGGAGGAAGCAAACCACAACUUCCAGCAGCACUCUGGCAACGACCGGGGUCAAGGGUCAGCCACCGCUGAACUGCUACGAAUCAAAGAUCAUCUUAUUGACAUAGAAAAGAAUAAUGCCUCCCUGCAGACGGAGAGCAGUUUAUUGAAGGAGCAGCUCAAACAGCUGGAUAACCAGAACACAGCUCUGAACAACCAGAUGGUGGCACUGCAGCGACACACCACCACCCUGCAGGAGCAGAAUUCAGCUUUACACACACAGACAGCCAAACUACAGGUGGAGAACUCCACGCUCUCCUCCCAGAGUGCAUCUCUCAUGGCCCAGAAUGCUGUGCUGCAGGGCCAAGUCACCGCCUUGGAGACAGAGGUAGAGUCGUGGCAGCGGCAGCGCGAGGAGGCGUGGCGGGGCAGAGAAAGCGUGCUCAGCGACCACGAACGCCUACUGAGCGUCCACGAGAGGCAAGCGCACGAGUACGAGCAGCUAAUCAGCCAGCACACUACACUGAAAGGAAAACAGAGGGCGCUAGAGGGUGAACACCGGACGCUACACAGCAAGUAUUGUAUUUUGCUGCAGCAGAAAGAGAAAUGGGAGGAACAAGAGGGGCGUGGUCGGAAAGAGAAGGAAGAACAAAACCAGCAGAUCCAGAAGAAUCGGCUACUACAGCAAGAGAAUCUGCAGUUAAAAACAGAAGUGGACAGAUUGACAGAGAGCCAGUCGCAUCAGUCAGAGCAAUAUGAGGGGCUCCAGCAGCGCACAAACGAACUCAAGAGCUCAUUAAGCUCCGCCCAGCAGGAAUUGAGUCAGUGGAUGGCACGAUAUGAUUCGCUAAUGGAGCAACACCAGGGUCUGGAUCUAACCAUGACCAAACUAGACAACCACUGUGAGCUUUUGAGUCGACUGAAAGGAAACCUGGAAGAGGAGAACCACCACCUCCUAAGUCAGAUCAACCUGCUAAGUCAGCAGAACCACACUCUGCUGGAGAGGAGCAUGGAGAGCAAAGAGCUGUAUCACCAGGAACAGAAACUAUACAUUGAUAAGCUGAACGCUCUACGCCGUCAGAAAGAAAAACUAGAGGAGAAGAUCAUGGACCAGUACAAGUUCUACGACCCCACACCCAAAAAGAGGAGUCAGUGGUCCGGAGCCAAAGCUUUAGUCAAACUGAUUAAACCCCGAAAGGAGAGCAGCAGGGAGCGAGCGGGUGACCGAGACAAGGAAGGAGGCAAAGAGAGAGAACGAGCGAAGAGCGCCCCAGACAUUCCUCUACCCGCCCCACCUCCCCUUCUGCCCCCUGAAACUCCACCCCCACUCCCCCAGAGGACGGCAAGCGACACGCAGGACGGCAGCCAUGCCCAUAGUAACCAUAGUAACCAUAGCAACCACACCACCAGCCCCAGCAUGGGACCCCAGAGUCCAGCACUCACGCCCAUCAGCCGAGGUUUGACUGACAGGAGCCGGGGUGUUUAUCGUAGCAGUACUCCAGGAGGCAGCAAUGAGAGUAUCAAUGGAGAAGAUGGACAUGGACAAGUUCAGUCCCUUAAAGCUCUUAGUUCCACUCCGAGCCACCAGUCAUCCUCAGCAGGCCUAACCAACAGCUCCAGACUGGGACAAGGUCCCAGCCGCAGGCCCAGAGGUCUGUUAUUUGAUGAAGACUCUCGCCACAACACCUCCGACUCAGUGUUUGGUCACCAUGGCAACACGGGAGGUCGCCCAGGGUCGGCAGACUUUAGCCACAACACCUCCAGCUCCAACUCACCUGUUAACUGCAGAGACUCGUCAGAUCGUCAGGGUCGCUCAGCCAGCCUCUCUAGUGAUGAUGUCAUGGGUCUCAGCCAAUCACAACAGACCCUGUCACGUAGUUCCACACUUCCAUACGACCACGCACACCAGAGGGCCCAACCACAGCGUGGAGUCGGCAUUAGGACCAAGGCCCGCCCAUCUUCUCCUGGAAGUGAGAUGGUGACGCUGGAACAGUUUCUACAAGAGAGCAACAUACAGUCACCUCCGAUGGUGUCUACAGGAAGCAGGGAGGACCUGAUGGCAGACUAUUUCACCAGAAGUCCCGCCCCCUCUACACCAGCUGGCAGAGACCAGGUGACUCCCACCAGCUAUGUCACGCCCACUGUGCAGUCAUCCAACCAGAGGCCGGGUCAGAGUGUCAAGCCCUCGCCCCGCCAGCCUGUGGGCCAGUCCCCAGCCUCAGGCCAGCCCUCCACCCAGAGAACCAGCCAAUCACUGAGCAGGGCUUUCAGCCUGGCCUCGGCUGAUUUGCUGCGCUCCAACGGACCAGACAGCUUCCAUGGCAAUGAAGGCCAAUCAGACGUGGUCGUUCGUAGACAAGGGGGAGGGGCUGGGAGAGAACGGCCUCUCUCCGCUCGCCUGGCCGGUCCGACCAAUCAGCACGGAGAUGGCAGCUUUCUAAACCCGCCUAUUCACCAUUCGUCCUCUCUCAAUCUGCAAACAGAGAGGUACGGAGAGCGCGAGAGAGAGCGAGGCAGGACUGCCGUCUCUCGGAACGGCCCCUCCUCAUCCUCCCCCUACCACCACCAUGGGGAGGUCGCCAUGGUAACCCCCGUCAGAGCCGUGCCCGCUAUGCGGCCCGAAGAAGCCUCUGAGCCUGGAGAGGUGUUAAGGGACGGGCGGUCAGGUGACUCCUCCCACUUAAAGAAAGAAAGCGAGAGAGCCAGGUGUGGCUCUGUCGAACGCCCGAAAAGCACGCCAGCUUCCCCCGACCCCAACAACGACCCCCAGACUGUGUGGUAUGAGUACGGCUGUGUCUAAACACUGCAACUAAUGGACGUCUAUGGGUGUGGCUGUGUCUAAAGACAGAAACCAAAUACUCAAGAAAGUCCAAACCUUAGACACAAGACAUCAGUCUCUGGACUGUGCCCUUUGUGUUGUGGAUAAAUAACUCUUUACUGUUAAGCGUUGCUCAAAUAUAACAUCAAUUGGAAAUCGGUCUAAAUCCUGGAAAGCAAAGCCACAUUUAAACAAAUCUCUGCAUGAAGGAGUUCAGUCUGUAUUUUGUGGGACAAACGUUUGUAGAUGAACAAACACCUCCUGCCAACAGGAGCUGAGGAGCUGCCACAAACAAACACGUUUCACCUCAAUCACACCUCAACUGCUGGAUCUGUGGAGUCCAUUUCCUCUCACCUUUUCAUCACAAGCUGAAUCUCUCUGAGGCGGAUGCAAUAUGGAUUUAACCUCAGUGACUGAUGGUCUUUUUAAGGAUUUAGACUUGAACGCCACAACACUAUAGAUGGUCUCUGAGAAUGCUGGAAUUCAUUGGCCUCUGCUGUUUUUAUUAUCACCGUGUUUACUAUGAUUCAGCAAGCAGCCUGAGCCCUCAGGAGGGUUUUUUCCUGGGGCAAAGGAAACACCAACAUUUUUUUUUUUUUUUUUAAGAAAAGGUGUUGCUAUUACUGAAAAAAUGAAUUGUUGAUGCUAUGACCAGAUGAUGGUCCAGAUGUUGUAAUGUGUGUGCUAAUUUUAACACAUACAGAAAUGGAGAUGGAAGCUGAGAUGUGAUGAGAUGAUGAGUGUCUAAAUCCAUAACACUUUAAUCCUGCAGGAACAGAGGACAAGUGCUACAGCGGACCAGAAUAUUAAGGAUGGGCUUUGUCUAUGAGCUGGAACUAUUUGACUGUUGACCGACACACUGUCUGGCCCUACUAAUGGAUGCCACCAAUUCUGCAAAACUGUACACCAGGAAUUAGCCAACUCCGAGAGGGGUGACUGAACUAAAGCCAAGGCGACCAGAAGCACCAGAGCGACUGAAUGUAUCAGAUUUCUCCUCCUUUUUCUGUCCUCCUCCUCUCCUCUGUUAUCUAGAACAAACACUGGAAGAGACGAGAGAUGAGGGAAGGAAACGGAGGAAUUCAAGCGAAGAGAGUGGAAGCAAGUGAAGGAGAAAGGGGGUAGAGAGAGAGAGAAUAAAUGGAGGGAUGCUGGGAUAGAGAGAGUGGUGGACAGAGGGAGAGACGGAUAUAGUGAUGGGAGGACAGAUAGAUAAACAGGACAGAGACAGAGGGACUCCUCCCAGUUAAAUUACAGUGUUUCUCCCUCCAUCUUUAGAUUCUGUCCCAGCAUGCAACACUCUUGACACUUUACUGGAAAUGUUGUUUGGCCCGAGCCAACAAACACACACACCGACACUAUG